AUGAACCAACUCAUUACCGCCUGUUCGACGCUUUCCCGCAUAGAUUAUGCAGUUUUAGCCUUUACCCAGAUUGAAAGUCCCAAUGUUUUUGUCUACAAUGCGAUGAUCAAAGGCUUUGUUUGUUGCGGUCACCCAUGUCAGGCUUUAGGUUGUUAUAUCAAUAUGCUCAGGGGCAUGGUUUUGCCUACCAGUUAUACUUUUUCAUCGUUAAUCAAGGCCUGCACUUCACUAUCUGCGUUGGGGGUUGGAGAAGCUGUUCAAGGCCACAUUUGGAAACAUGGGUUUGGGUCACAUUUGUUUGUUCAGACUUCUUUGAUUGAUUUUUAUUCGAAGUUGCGACGAAUCAGUGAAUCCAGAAAGGUGUUUGAUGAAAUGCCUGAAAGAGACGCUUUUGCGUGGACUACUAUGGUUUCAUCUCAUGCUCGAGUGGGGGAUAUGAGUUCCGCGAGGAUAUUAUUUGAUGAGAUGGAGGAAAGGAACAUAACUACUUGGAAUACUAUGAUCGACGGCUAUGCUAGACUUGGCAAUGUGGAGUCUGCGGAGUUGUUGUUUAAUCACAUGCCAACUAGGGAUAUUAUCUCAUGGACUACUAUGAUUGAUUGUUAUUCUCAGAAUAAGAAAUUUGGGGAAGCAUUAGCAGUUUUUAAUGACAUGAGGAUGAAAGGGAUCAGUCCUGAUGAAGUGACUAUGGCAACUGUUAUUUCAGCUUGUGCCCAUCUUGGAGCCCUUGACUUGGGAAAGGAGAUACAUCUUUACAUAUUGCAAAAUGGGUUUGAUAUCGAUGUUUAUAUUGGAUCUGCAUUGAUUGAUAUGUAUGCUAAGUGUGGCGCAUUGGAUAGGUCUCUUUUGGUUUUCUUUAAAUUGCAGGACAAGAACCUGUUCUGUUGGAAUUCAGCAAUUGAAGGACUUGCAGUUCACGGAUUUGCCAAAGAAGCACUAGCAAUGUUUAGCAAGAUGGAGAGAGAGAAGAUCAAUCCAAAUGGGGUUACUUUUGUAAGUGUUUUAAGUUCCUGCACUCAUGCAGGGCUUGUUGAAGAAGGCCGUAGGAGAUUUUCAAGCAUGACCCAAGAUUAUUCCAUUCUUCCCGAAGUUGAACACUAUGGAUGCAUGGUGGAUCUAUUGAGCAAAGCUGGAUUGCUUGAAGAUGCACUAGAGUUGAUAAGAAGCAUGAAAUUUGAACCUAAUGCUGUUAUCUGGGGUGCCUUGUUGGGUGGAUGUAAGCUUCAUAGGAACUUGGAGAUUGCUAAAGUUUCUGUCAAUGAAUUGAUGGUAUUGGAGCCAAAUAAUAGUGGUUAUUACACCCUUUUGGUUAACAUGUAUGCUGAAGCCAAACGAUGGCGACAAGUUGCAGAUACACGAGCAACUAUGAAGGAACUUGGGGUAGAAAAGGGAUGUCCUGGGUCCAGUUGGAUUGAAAUGGAAAGGAUAGUCCAUCAGUUUGCAGCAUCUGAUAAAUCUCAUCCAGCUUCAAGUGAAAUUUACUUGUUGCUGGCAGAAUUAUACGGGCAGCUGAAGUUUGAUGCUUAUGUUCCUGAACUUGGCUUUGAGUUAUAG